AUGAGGCUUCCUCCUUUAACUUCCGCUCUCUCUUCCUCAGCUUUUUGCAUCCUUACUAUCGCUUCGGUCUUUUGCUUUUGUUCCGCCACCAAUGGCAUUGGCAGGAAUGAGACAGACCGACCAUCCUUGCUUCAAUUCAAGGCCCAAAUAGUCGAAGACCCUUUCAUGGUUUUCAGCUCAUGGAACGACACCACCCACUUCUGCCAGUGGCGUGGCGUUACAUGUGGUCGCCGCCACCAAAGGGUCACAGAGUUGCUGCUGGGUUCUCAGAAACUCGUGGGAUCUUUAUCUCCUUUCAUUGGAAAUUUGAGCUUUCUAAGGAAUUUGGAUCUCUCAAAAAAUAGCUUCACCCAUGAAAUCCCUCCAGAAAUUGGCCGUUUGCGUCGAUUGCAGGUACUGUGGUUGUUCAAUAAUUCAUUUGGUGGGAGAAUUCCAACCAAUGUAUCCCGUUGCUCUAACCUCAAGAGACUCAUUCUUAGUUAUAACAAUCUGGUCGGGCAAAUUCCUGUUGAGCUUGGCUCCUUGUCAAAGCUCCAAGUAUUUUCUGUAGCCACUAACAAACUAACAGGAAGUAUCGCUCCAUUUCUUGGCAACUUAUCUUCACUUGAAAAACUUGAUUUACACUCAAAUAAUCUGGGUGGGAGUAUUCCUAGUGCUCUAGGCCAACUUAUGAAUCUUACAAUUAUUGUAAUUGCUGAAAAUCAAUUUUCUGGUACCAUCCCUCCAUCAAUCUUCAAUCUCUCUUCUAUUAGAGUUCUUCAUGUGGAUUAUAAUAAAAUCCAAGGGAGUCUUCCGUGGAACUUGGGGAUAACUCUUCCUAAUCUCCAAGACAUUGACAUUUUCAUGAACCAAUUUACUGGCUCCAUUCCUCCUUCAAUAUCCAAUGCCUCAAAUCUGGAACUAAUUCAACUUGGAGAAAACAAAUUUAGUGGAAACAUGUCUUCUUUGGAAAAGUUGCAUAGGCUUCAAUGGUUGGGCACUCAAGAAAACCACCUAGGAAGUGGGGGAGCUGAUGACUUGAGUUUUCUGUGCUCUUUGACCAAUGCUACUAGCUUAGAGGUGUUGGCGAUAGGGGAAAAUAAUUUUGGUGGAGUCUUACCUGAAUGCAUCAGUAACUUCUCAUCUACUCUUAGAGUAUUGGCAGUAGAUAACAAUAAUAUAGUUGGAACGAUUCCAAGUGGGAUCGUGAAUCUCAUCAACUUUGAGUGGCUUGCAAUGGGGAAUAACAAAUUGUCAGGUAACAUUCCACUAGAUAUUGGAAAGCUUAAGACACUAAAAGUGAUGUUUCUUGACAAUAACAAUCUCUCAGGAAACAUCCCGCAUUCUCUUGGAAAUUUGAGUAUGUUACUCGAAUUAGAUCUAGAUGAUAAUGAUCUUCACGGAAGCAUACCUUCAGGCCUAGGAAAUUGCCAAUCUUUGAAUGCAUUAGAUCUUUCUAAUAACAAUCUCAGUGGCACCAUACCUCCACAGGUCGUUGGUCUCUCAUCAUUGUCAAUCUGUCUAUAUUUAUCUAGAAACCGUUUCACGGGUCCCCUUCCAAUGGAAGUUGGAAACCUGAAAAAUCUAGGUAUAUUGGACGUGUCAGAAAACAUGUUAUCCGGUGAAAUUCCAAAGAGUCUUGGCAGUUGUGUUAUGUUGGAGACUCUGGUUAUGCGAGGAAACUUUUUCCAAAGGACCAUUCCAUCAAGUUUUGGUUCUUUGAGAGGACUACAGAAAUUAGACCUUUCUUGGAACAACUUGUCAGGAACAAUUCCAGAUUUUUUUUUGGGUUUCAACUUGUUGCAUCUUUUGAAUUUAUCUUACAACAAUUUUGAGGGACUAGUGCCAACAAAUGGUAUUUUCAAGAACUCAAGUGCAACUUCAGUUGUGGGGAAUAGUCAAUUGUGUGGGGGAAUUCCUGAAAUGCAAUUGCCGAAAUGUAACAUCAAAGAGUCCAAGAAGACAAAAUUGACCUUAUCCAUGAAAUUAAUUAUGUCCAUAGUUUGCGGGCUUCUAGGAGUAAUUUCUAUGCUUUCUUUUCUCUUUGUCUGUUGGUUAAGAAAGAAAAGAAAAGAAACUACUUCAAAUUCUUCAGGAAAUUUGCUUUUGAAUUUGUCUUACCAAAGUCUCCUAAAAGCCACUGAUGGGUUCUCCUCUGCUAAUUUGCUCGGUGCGGGUAGUUUUGGAUCCGUGUAUAAAGGAAUCAUUGAUGAGGGAAAAACGACAAUCGCUAUCAAGGUGCUCAACCUUCUGCGUCGUGGAGCUUCCAAAAGCUUUCUCGUCGAGUGCGAGUCCCUAAAAAGCAUCAGGCAUCGGAAUCUUGUAAAGAUACUUACAGUUUGUUCAAGUGUUGAUUAUCAGGGUAAUGAUUUCAAGGCAUUAGUUUAUGAAUUCAUGAUCAAUGGGAGCCUUGGGGAUUGGUUGCAUCCAACUGCUAAAGAAGAUGAGGCACAUUCGGAGGAGAGGAAUCUGAGUCUUUAUCAGAGAUUGAAUAUUGCCAUUGAUGUUGCUAGCGCAUUGGAAUAUCUCCAUUACCAUUGCCAUACACCAAUCUUUCACUGUGACCUCAAGCCGAGCAAUGUCCUUCUCGAUGAUGAAAUGGUUGGACAUGUUGGAGACUUCGGGUUAGCAAAAUUCUCUUCUGAAGCCAACCAUAACUCUUCAACCAACCAGUCAAGCUCUAUUGGCGUUAGAGGAACAAUUGGUUACACUCCUCCAGAGUAUGGAAUGGGAAAUGAGGUCUCUUCCUGUGGCGAUGUAUAUAGCUAUGGGAUCCUCCUUUUAGAAAUGUUUACCGGAAAAAGACCCACAAAUGACAUGUUCCAAGGCAAUCUAAAUCUACAUUCCUUUGUCCAAGAAGCUUUGCCUGAACGAGUGGUCGAGAUUGCAGAUCCAAUUCUUUUUCAAGGAAUCGAAGAAGAUAUAAGCAUGAAUGAUUCUCAUAAUAAUAGCAGCACUAGAAGAAGUGAAAUCCAUGAUUGCCUAAUUUUGAUAUUUGGGACUGGAGUUGCUUGUUCUAUUGAAGAUCCCAAAGAACGGAUGAACAUUAAAGAUGUGGGAACUAAGCUUCUUUUCAUCAAGAAGAAACUUCUUGAAACUAGAAGACAUGGAAGUGGUCGAAUUACAAUUAGACCAUAAUAUCAACAGGCAACAAUCGUGCCGACAAUGAGGAUGAGGAUGAGUCUUGGAUGGCUACUCUAGUGGAGUAUUAAAUAUCCAUGAUGUAUUGAGCAAAUGUUUUAUUUUUAUGUUUAAUAGUGCUUUCAAAAUAUGGUUAUGUUUUUAGAACAUUAUGUUGCUUAUAUUGACAAUAUUUAUGAAGGUACGUAGUUGAAGCAGCUUUUUUGCUUCUUCUAUGUUUUAUAGUGUGUUUUGUUGAACGAAUGAAUGAUUGGAUUUUAA